GCCCCCCGCGCCUUCCCAGACCUCCUCAGCACCCUUCCCCUUCAGCCGGCUCACUGCUAAGGUUCCCCACACUGUCCGUGGCCCAGGAGAAGCUGUAGCUUCUUUUGAUAGCAGAGGGAAGAAAAUGAGUAGAAUGCAGCCAAGCUCGCAUUCGUCUGUGACAAUGCCGUCGCACAAAGGGAUUUUUCCUCGUUUGGGGGCAGGAAAGGGCCCACGAACACAAAGGUGCCCACAGGCGAGUCCUAAGGAGAUGGGGCACGCGGCUCCUUCGAGGUUCCUUCCUGUGAAGCUCUGAGCCAGCCCAGCGGGCCUCACCCCCAGCCCUUGUUCCCCAAGAAGACGCGAAUCUUCCCUCUUUGGGGUCUCAGGGGCCAGCAGUCCUGCGCUCUUCUCUGGCGCUCCAGUGUGGGCUGUGGCUGGUAGGCAGAGUCAGCAGGUGGAGGACCAGAGGGUCCUUGUAUGAAAGGGCGACUGGCGGGGGAGGCUCAGCUUGUGCCCGAGCCCUUCUGACCCUUGACCUGGAUGAGGUUCCCCCUCCCCCGGGCUCCCGCUGCAGCCAGGGAGGCCCAGGGCAGGCCUUGCAGAGAAGGCCCAGCGCCUGAGGAAGGGGCAGCUCUGAACACUCCGCAGGAGCCCUGGGGGCUGAAGUGCCCAAGCUCUGAUCCUUCUCGCAGCCAACAAGGCGGGUGCCCUGAUGGGAUGGUCAUGGCCACGCCGUGUACCCCCUCGAGUGACCUCAAGUGUGUGGAUCAAAAGUCAGGUACCCCGGGCAGUGGGGAGGCCCUGGAUCCUGGAGAGCCAGUGACCACGAACCUGCAACCGCCCACCGCUUCCUCUCCCUCCUCAGGCAAUUUACAACUGGUGUUCGCAAUUGCAGUUCCUUGUUUAGUUGUCGUUUUUGUGGUGGUGGUGAUCGCAUGCUGCCUCUGCAAGUACAAAGUUCAAGGUUAUGGACUGGACCCCAAAUGCAUGGACAAAGUCCUUUUCUGGCGAUCACAUCCCUCAAGAGGGCCUGCAGCUCAGGAUAACAAGCUGAUGUGUGGAGAUUCACUGUCCACUCUGCUCACCAAGAAGGAACAAGAAGACCAGGAGCAGGACAAGCUGGCAGAUGUCACAGUACAGUCCUCAGGGGAAGCAGAACAUCUGCUGGAACCGGCAGCAGCUGAAGGGUCUCGGGUGCGCAGAGGGCCACUGGUUCCUGCAGACGGUGAAGACCCCACAGAAUGCUUGAGGCAGUGCUUUGAUGACUUUUCCACCAUCGUGCCUUAUGAUGCCUGGGACAAACUCAUGAGGAAGAUGGGCCUCACCCAAAAUGAGAUCCGUCAGAGCAGAGAUCGCGCCCAGAUCACCGGGGAUGCCUUGUAUGAGAUGCUGGAGACCUGGGUCCGCUGCAAAGGGCGGGAGGCCUCAGUCAACGACCUCCUCGAUGCCUUAGCAGCACUGGGGCAGAGACACGCAAAGGAGAAAAUUGAGGACAUGCUGGUGGGCUCCAGAAAGUUCGUCUUCAAAGAAGGUGAAGCUGGUGCUGCUGUGUCCUGAGGGUAAAAGGAUCUCUUUAUGAAACCACAGCUUCCCUACUUUAUGUUUUUUCCUGGAAAGGGAAGCACGAUUAGAUACCAGCCUGAAAGAAACAUCAGGUACUUGGACCAAAUACUUGAAUGAAGUCUACCUUCGGAUAUAUGCCGCACUUGUAAAGUUCUAGAACUUUUUGGUUAAACUAGAGUAAUUUUUGUGAAAUGUCAUUGAUAAGCGAUGGUGGAAACAUUUAUGAAUAUGUGCGUGAAUUUACUGAGAGCUGAUUUAGGAUAUCAUUCUGUUCAGGACACUCUGUUAUCCUAACAGAAUUGCACUUUUUACUUGUACUUUUUAUAAUGUGAGUUCCAUUUGGAUUGAUAUGCUUAUUCUUAAUUGUCUAACUGUACUAUGAUAUUUUAGUUAUACAUUUGUCUAUUUUAUAUUUUUGUAUAUUUGUAUAAAUGCACAAAACUUUUUGGAAAUGCACUUACUCGGUUGCCUGCAUGAGUUCCUAAAAUAGGAGCAAGCAACAAUAAGAAAAGAAAUCCAAAGAAGGAAGAGGAAAAAGCCCAUCGCUUUAGGAGGCAUCAUUGAGUUCAGUUCUCCCUCAUAUGGGAGUUUAACUUGUCUAGGAGUAGAUAACCAACUUUUAAAGUGUCCAUCAUUUCCAACUGAUUAUUUUAUAGAUAUAGGAUUAUUUAUAUUAUUUAUUGGUAAAUGUUUACAAAUGAGCAGAUGGGUCUGUUAUAUACAGGCUUUAUUAUGUUGAGGUAUGUUUCUUCUAUGUCCAUUUAGCAGAGUUUUUUUAAUUAUCAUUGUAAAUGGAUGUUGAAUUUUGUCACAAUCUUCUGCAUCUGUUUUGAUGAUCAUACGGUUUUUAUGCUUCAGUUUGCUGGUAUGCUAUACUAUAUGGGUUGAUUCGCAGAUAUUGGAAAAAUCCUUGCAUUCCUGGGAUAAAUCCCACGUAAUCAUGGUAUAGAUUCUUUUGAUGUAUUGUUGGAUUUGGUUUGCUGAUAUUUUGUUGAGGAGUUUUGCACAUAUGUUCAUCGGUGAUAUUGGAUGGCAAUUUUCUUUUUUCGAUGAUAUCUUCGUCUGGAUUUGGUAUCAGUUUGAUGCUGGCCUCAUAGAAUGAGUUCAGAAGUGUUCCUUCCUCUACAAUUCUCUGGGAUAUUUUGAGAAAGAUAGGUGUUAAUUCUCGCGAUGUUUGGGGGAAUUAUUCUGUGAAGGCUUGUUGGGUUUUUUUUUUUAUUAUUUGGUUUGUGGGUUUAUUAUUAUUAUUGUUAUUAUUACUGAUUCAAUUUUGACUGGUCCCAGAAGAGGGUCUGAGAACAGUUUGGGGCCACAGCCUGUAGGAUUGUGGGUUUUUUUGCACUUAGUGUCUGCCCCCUGCCCUCUGGAGGCUGUCCGGAGGCUGGUGUAGGCUUCCUGGAGGGCAGGGCCUGUGCCUGCCCACUGGGGAGUGGAUCUGGGUCUUGGCCUUCUGGUGGGUAGUGCCAAGGCUUGGGUGGCUCUGCGAAGUCUUUAGGCAGUCUGUCUGCUGAUGGGUGGGGCUGUGUCUCAGCUCAGUUAGUUGUUUGGCUUGAGGCAUCCCAGCACUGGUGCCUAAAGCAGUUGCGGGGGGAGGCCGGUCUUGGGAGUUAAGAGGGAGGAUCCCACAAUGGUGCCAGCCAGCACCAGUGUCCACCAGUAGGAGCUCCAAAGUAUGGCUGCUACCAGUAUAUAUGUCCCCAGGGUGCGCUGCACCCAUGCCUUUCCUCUCUGGGACACUAAGCAGCAAGUAGGUCGGGCCAGGCUCCUCUAGAGUUACUGCUUUUUGCUCUAGGUUCCAGUGCAUGUGAGGUUUUGGGUCCACCUUUUAAGAGUGAAGUCUCUAUUUCUUCCAGUUCUUCAGGACAUCUGAAAUUAGGGAUGCCUUCAAAGCCAAAUGCUUUAGAGGCUCAUCUUGCUGGUGCUGGGCUGGGGAGCCCGAUGUGAGGCUCAGAGCUGUCCUGUAGAAGUAACCUCUGCAGUGUGAUUAUUCUACACUUUGUGGCUCGUCCAACCAGGGGAAUGGGACUUGAUUAUACUGCGUGUCCACCCCUCCCACUCAACUCAUAGCGGUUCCUUCUUUGUCUUUAGUUGUAGAAGAUCUAUCCUGGUAGGUUCCAGUCUUUUUCAUCAGUGGUUUUCUGCAGAGAGUUGUGAUUUGGGGGUGAGGCCAUGAGCUCAGGGUCUUUCUACUCUGUCAUCUUGGCUGAUCUCUGUAUUACAAUUUUGAGAAUAAAAACAUGAAAACUGGAGUUCCCAUCGUGGCUCAGUGGUUAACAAAUCCGACUAGGAACCAUGAGGUUGCAGGUUCGAUCCCUGGCCUCGCUCAGUGGGUUAAGGAUCUGGCAUUGCCGUGGGCUGUGGUGUAGUUUGCAGACGCGGCUCGGAUCCCGUGUUGCUGUGGCUCUGGCAUAGGCCGGCGGCUACAGCUCCAAUUAGACCCCUAGCCUGGGAAUCUCCAUAUGCGGUGGAAGCUGCCCUAGAAAUGGCAAAAAGACAAAAAGACAAAAAAAAAAAAGCCAACCAAACAAAAAACGCAUGAAAACUGGCUUCCACUUGUGACUCCUCCCUUCCCGUAGCUCCUCCUCCUUUACCUUUACUCCUUCUUUAACUAUCCCUCCCAGCCCUUAGUGGGAGGUGUCCCACUGCAGCUCCCUCCCCUCAGGUGAAGGGUGGCAAACCACUUUCUUACUUUUAAAAAUAUUUUGUAACCACUUCAGCCCUUCUUCUACCAUCCCUCUCCCUGCAGUAUUGCAGUCAUGGCAGGAUAAUGUUACGGAAGUUGUCAUUCUUGGGUUUAGGAUUUUUCCAUUCUCAAAACUGUCUCCAAGAGUGGUAUGGCUGGGCCCAAACUGGAAUUGGCUGAGCAUUUAGGCAUGUUCAGGGUAUGGUGUUCUAAUGGAGUUUGGUAGGGGUCCUACCUCAGUGGCCUUGGUGCCAUGUCCCCUCCCCCUUCUUUCCAGAGGUCCUGCCUGGCUGCCCCUCCCUUUCCUGGAAGUCGGGUGUUUUCCUGCCCUCGCUGUUCGUUCUGGUAGGACACUGUUCAUCUUCGGAGAGAGAAAUGAAUUCUUGGCAAUCACGUUCGGUUCACUUGUCCCUUUCUCGGAGGACUUCCUUGAGUGCCUUCUAAAGUAUUAGCCUUGUCAGUGUUUGUCAUGUUUAUUUCAGGUAAUCAUAAGGAGAGCAUGAGAUUGUCUUUUUUGUUUCAUAUCCAGUCCAAAUAGCACCUGACCAACGAAAGGCACUUAAUAAGUGUUUCAUUAGUGACUGGGUAUCUUUUCAUGCUUCUCUCCAUUGGAAGUUCCCACCUUUGAAGAAUUUGUUGGAAAUAUCAAACAAUGCAAGAAAGGCCAUUUAGGUACAAAAUACUCAUGUGUUUAUGAAUUCAUGACCAAAUUAAAUAUGCAAUUUUAUAUAAAAA